UUCGUCUUUUCAUUCUAAAUUCUUUCCUCUUUCUCUAUCAAUUCUUUUUGAAGCCUUUUGCUUUCAUCUAUGGCUACUAACGGUGUAGGUGGCCAUUACCACUAAUCAAGUUAGGUCGAUUUUCCUUUUCAAAAGGCUGUGGGGAAGUUGCAUCUGUUUCUGCUUGAUUCUAGAGAUUUUUUUUUAUUAUUUCUGGGUUUUUGGCAAGCCGAUUUGGUCUUCAAUUCUGCUGAUAGCUGUUGGAAUCGUUGCUGAGCUCUAGUCGAGGCUAUUUCUGACCUUUAUUUGGUCUGUUCCCUAGUGUUUUCUCGGCUUUGAACUGGUAAGUUCGACAUCUCUGUACUUACAUGUUCCUUUGAAAUGACAACCCCUAUUCUCUAUCAAAUCUGGCAUAAUUUGUUAAACUCUCAUGUUUGGACUGUAAUAUGAUUAUGGUCAUGAAUGCAUUUGUCACGUAGUGUAAUUAAAGUAGAUGCUGAAAUUUGGUUAAUUCAAGAUAUGAACACCAGCAUAAUUAAUUUAUGAAAUGAGUAAUUAAACAAUUUUAUUAAGCCAAGUAUGAUUAAAGCGAUCGUGCUAAAGUCAUGGAACCCGCGGUAAAGGAGCCUCCGCGUCCAUGGUGGAAGAGACGCCACCAGCGGUGAAAAAGCUCCUUGAGGCUUGGCUAACUGACACGCUAACCAACAUUCUCUACAAGCCCGCUCAGGAUACAGUCAUAGAAAACGCAAGGACGUGCCUUACACUGACUAUGGUCGAGCAGCAUGGCCCUUGCCCUCCUCCGAUAAUAGGUACUACUCACACUGUUAAUAAUGCAGGUGACAACACCCUCACAGCCAUUUUGAAGGAGGAAUCAUUCUCCUUAUUUUACAUAAAUGUCAUUCAUUGCUAUUUUGUUGCUUGAUGCUCCUCUAUUAUUGCUCAAAUCCUUUGGAAUAUUAAAUGUGCAUUGUUUUCAGUUCCCCACUAGCAUUAUCUCACGUUAUUUAUGCUAACUAAUUCUAAAUCUAGAGAUAUUAUCAUUAACUAGGUUUAACCCUUUAUUACAUAAGAUUUAAUAAUUUAACCGAAAGUUUAUAUUUUUUGGUCAAACACUGAGCUCAUAGUGUAAAGAAAAUUUACACAGUAAAUCUAUAUAAGUUAAAUCCUAGGAUUAUUCAAAUUCCAUAUUUUCUCUGUUCUAAAAAACAAAAAAGGAAAAUCUUCAGCCAAAUUAACACUUGGCCCGCAGCUGCCAACAAAUGCCCGCCGUUUCUGUCUCUGGCCAACUCCAGUUGUAAGUUCCUCUCUCUCUCUCUCUAACUCAUAUACGCAUAUCUCUUUUUGUCUCUCAUAUCUCGCUUAUGUAUGUCUUUUUAAUGGUUUGACUAUUGAUAGUCUUUAGGUAAAUUGGAGAUAUGGAAAAUAUAGUUAAAAAGUAUCAGCAGAGAUUCAGGAAGGUGAAGGAAGAGAUGGACACGUGGAAUGAUCUUCAAUCUCGACUGCUUUCUCAGUUCACCAAUGCUUCUUCCAUCAUUCAGCGGUUACAGAUUCUUCAAGAUUCUAAGAAUUAUGGUACCCUGAGAUGUGUUGAAGGCAUUGAAGAAGCUGUUUUGCUUAAGCAAAUGGAUUCUCUUCAAACUAUCUUGCUUUCUAUGAAUCAAACUCUGGAAAAUUUUUGUUCUGUCGUGUUAUCGCUUGAGAAGAUGGUUCGUGAUGGUAGACAGCUUGUAAAAGGGGGAUCCACUCAAGUAACUGUGAAACAGCUGCAGCAACGCGUUGGAGUAAAACCAAGCAUUGCUGAUUGCUUGGAUGGGCUAAAACUUCUCUGUGAGAUGCACCAAUCAGAGUACCAUCUUAAAUUAUCGGUCAUAUCAGCAGUUGCUUUAAAACCCAGUGCAACUGAUGAUUUAGGCGCGCUUCAGCAACUGUUGGUUGAUCAGCCUAACAUCCCCAAAGAGGAAGUAAAUUUCAUUUUUGAUAUCAUAUUCGCUGAAGAGAUGGCUUGAUGUCCUUCUCGCAUGGAUUUUUGGACUCAUGAAGUGAUUUCUGAACUGGUGAAAUCUGUUUAAAGUUCAGACUGAAGAAAUUGAGGCUUUUCCCCGACCAAAGAGAACACAGUCGUCGAUAUUGGAGUCCUAUCCAGUGGAUAUUUGCACUUGGGUAAAGCAGAGAAUUAUUUUGAUCACUCCAGGUGGAAGGGUUUGGAACCUGGAAAUGGAAGAGAUUCUUAAUAUAGAUAUCACUGUAAACUUUAGCUGCUUUGUAUAUUUAUUUCAUUUAUUUACAUUUUCUAUAAACAGCUUUUUGUUCUAUUGGUCCUUAGUUGGUACUUGGUAACAUAGUUGUGAUCAAAUAUGAAACAUCUUAAAAAGACAAUAUUUUAAAUUUACUAAAUAUUGUUCCCGAAAAAGAAAUACUACUGGUAAAAAUUGAAAAUAACAGAAGUUUUACUCCAAUGCUACUCACAAUGUAGAAAUGAAGGCCGGUUUUCUGAAGUUGCAGAGCGAAGACUCUGUGUUUUAUGAGUCAACCUGAGAAUUUAAGUAUUUAAAUAUCUUCCCCAACUACAGAAAUAAAAAAUCAUAAUUUGUAGUUUUCCACUUGUUUGUUGUAUUCAUUCAUCAACAUCAACUCCUGCUACCAGCUCUUUCCCUUCCUUCUUCCUCUCCAACAUGGCCCCAUUCAAAUCCUAAAUUCAAGAUUCAUGGAACAAUAUGAAUUUUGCUCAAUUUCAUCUUUGGACUUUGUUGCUGAGUUGAUUUCAUAGUCUUGACCGUUGAGCUAACAGAGUCUUUUUCCGUAAAGGUAUGAGCUUUUUUGGUUAACUGAUGUUUUCUCUCAAUUCAAUUCUAGUUUUUUCUUUUAACUGUCACUAGUAAAGGGUGUUUACUUUUUUUUUUUCAAUUGAAAUUGGGGUACAACUAGUUUUUGUUUAUAUUGACUUCUUUUUGGUCAUUGAACUUGAUUAGUGAAUUGUUAAUUUUACUAUUUGUAAUUUGUUUGGGUCAUUGUAAUUUUGAUCUUUGAUUAUAGGGCUACUAGUUAAUUUUGAUCAUUGUUAUUGUAGUUGGAUCAUAUGGAUUUUACUGGGUUGUUGUUGUUGAUGAUUAUAUGGCUACUAGUUGUAUUCCAACCCAGUCAUUUCUCUUUUGGGAUCUUCUGUUACAAGUUCCUCUUGUUUAGUUUUGAUAACAUUUUCAAAGAUGGACCUUUAUAUAUCAAUAAAGCAUAGCAAUGACAACAAUUGAAUAGAAGAGAAAUGCUGAUGGCUUGAUUAAAAACAUAAGCUUGGUUAAAAGAAUUCCUAUAAGUGGACACUUCGAAUUGUGUAGCAUUCUGUGAAGCCUCUCCAUUUUCUAUUUCUUGUUUUAUGUUUUGCUUUCAUCUCUAGAAUUGAAGUCUGGGAAAAUGGACAUAUUGCUUUACAAGUUUAGUUUUUCUUUUUUCAUCACAUCAUGGAAAUAGUAGCAUUUCAUAUUAGUGGGAGCAAACUCUUGUUCAAGAGGUCGGCUUAUGUGUGAGCUGCCGUUUGUUUGAGAUUUUUGUGAUAGGAUUUGAAGUUAUGUUAGAUGCAUUGACAAAUGACAGGUACAAAGCUUUAAUGGCGGAAAGCUGGGAUGGGAAUCAUGAUCCUGGUAGCCCGUCCGAUGAGAGUUACCAUCUCGAGAGACUGCACAUAGAACCAAUUUAUGAUGCAUUUAUAUGUCCCUUGACAAAACAAGUAAUGCAGGAUCCUGUUACCCUGGAAAAUGGCAUGACUUUCUGAGAGGGAAGUCGAAAUGUUAUUCGAAAUGAGGAGCUCAUACCCGUGAUUGUAGAAAUGUUAAGAAGUAGCAGUCGCAGGGUUCGAUGUAAAGCUCUUGAAACGCUUCUAGUUGUGGUAGAGGACGACAUUGAUAAUAAGG